AUGACAUCUGCGGUUAACAAAUCGUCUAGCGCAGUGGAAGGAACGACGACUGUCGAGGAGAGUGCUCCUGGUAAGGUAGCACACUCUCCGAGUAAGGAGGAUGAGGGAGGUACUCGGCCUGCCCAUGAACCAGACUGUCCUGAUACAUCGUUUGACACUAGAGAGGCUGAGGACCCUCAAGGGCAGGAGGUCAAAAAGGGGCCUAGGUGGAAAGGAAGGGCCCAUUUCCCAUCAGCUGAUGAGACCAGUAUGGGUAAGACUGAGCUGAUGGCGUUGAAGACUAAGCCACGGAGUAAGUCGAUGCAGGCGACGCCCACAGUACAUUUUCAAGAGUCGGUGUCGUUUUGCUCAUUCGACAGUGAGAGCCCUCUGGAGGAGCUUAUGCUCUCCCGUGUAUUUGGAUGCUUCAGACCAGUUGUGCGUGGGUGUUGUACGGCCCUUCCGGAUAAGCCUGUCCGGUCGAGUAGUAGUUAUCGGCUGAGUAGAGGGCAUUCAGCAGCGAAGUUGGUGGCUCCUAAAAGGAGUAUUCUCAAGAAGGAACAACUUCCGAAUCUUGAUAUGGUGUUAAAUCAGAAUGAGCUCACGACGGAUUCGUUGCAGCUAGCAGAGUCGAAUAAGGAGCAUUUUGCCUCGUCAGUUUCGCUAUGUUCAACAGUGGCCUCGCUGUAUGGAGACUUCUACGAGGAUAUGGAGGAGGACUUCCGCCCAUCUAGUGUUCACUUCCGUCCACAGCAAGUUGAAUAUACUUUUGAUGACGAACGCCUCCUUUCGGUGUCUCUGGGAAAGACAGCGGAUUAUGACGGUGCUUCGAAUGAGAAGCGAGCAGAGAAGUUGGCUGAGGAGACGGCCACGAGAGCUGUGGCUAGAGGAGUGUAUGCCUUCUAA